AUGAAUGUCGAUGCAUCAAAUCAACCGCUAUCACCAGCUCAGCCGAUGAUCAUAGAUCAACCAUUACAACAGGCAAAUCCAGGAAAAAAACGCAAAAAAUAUCAUGGUAUUAAAAAAUUACAACGUUUCAGUCGGAGACGACGUGAUCGCGGCAUUAGUGACGAAGCAAUAAAGAAAAUGAUUAAGUCAGGGAAAUUUGUGAAGAAAAAGAAAAAAUCAAAACAAUCGAAAAACGUUACUACUACAACGAAUGCUCCUCCAACAGAAAUUCUGGUCACAUCAGAACCGAAACCAAAAAAACAAGAAAUUCACAAUAAACAGGAAAAAUCUACUACAUUUGCAAAGAAACGUAAACGAGAUAUUUCUUCAUUUGAACUUCAUCAUCAUUUGGUUCCAUCGACAAGUAACGUAAGUCUUCGUCCAGCAGCACGCAAAAAAAUGAAAAGAACCAUUUUCAUCCAAUCAAUCCCAUCCGAUAGUAUCAGUGUGAAUAUGAAUUAUCCAUUACCGGCUUAUUUAUCUCAUUUACCACAUUUAAUCUUUCAAACCUUACGACAAGAAUUUAAUUGUGUAAUAAAUAAAAAAGAUGAACGAAUAUUUCUUCAUGUGCGCUUACAAUUAUUAGAUCGUCAAUAUCGUCUAGAACUUGAUCAAGGUUUAUGGCAAUCUUACUUAGAUAUUGGUCACGAAGAAAAAUUAUGGCCCGUAAGUUCACUACGAUAA